GCAGCACUCCAAGUGUCAAAAUCGAGCUUGUGACUGAGUUUUUUUUUUGGUGAUUUUCAGUGGUUUUGCGAGGUUUCUCCGAUACAUUUUCGAUACAUAAGCUGAUGUCUUUAUGCUAUAAAAAUGGUGAAAACAGUGUCAUUAAGACGAUUCGAAAUUAGGAUAUUUGAUUUUUCAAAUCAUGACAGAGCGAAUGACUGAAGAUGACUACCUAGUUAAAGUAAGAGCGCAGGUAAUGACACGGGACGAGAGUACUGAAGGCUGGUUGCCUUUGGCUGGGGGUGGUCUAGCAAAUGUUUCCAUUCGGAAAAGGGCUAGACUACCCCCAGAUGUCGGCGGACAUGAAUAUAUUAUUUAUGGACAAAGAAUCUCUGACCAAACAGUUAUACUUAGUUGUGUCAUUAACCGAGAUUUACAGUACUUCAAAGUCAUGCCAACGUUUCAUCACUGGCGAGCUGGCAAGCAACGAAACGGAUUAACAUUUCAAACAGCUGCCGACGCCAGAGCCUUCGAUAAAGGGAUAAUUCGAGCUUAUGACGAUCUUAUUGACGGCUUAAAUCCAAAUUGGUCAUCACCAUACAAAUAUGGAAAUCAAGUUGGUGAAGAUGACGUUUUCAUGACUUUAGAUCUACCAAUCGAACCAUCAGAAUCUCGUUCCAGUUCUGAAGCUAGUGGAAGUCAAAAAAAUAGCGACAAGCAACAAAUAAUUCAUAUCAUAUCGAGUGAAAAAACACCCCAACCGACACCAUCAUUAUCGAAUACAAACAACACCGAACAACCAAAUGCAACCAUUGUUCCGGGUGAUAACUAUUCUUAUGUUCAAUUGACUGCUGUGCAUGAAUACAAUUAUCCGGUUGUGGACGAACCCGUCGGAGCCGUAAUGAAUGCUCGACGAGGAUCAACAUGCAGCUUAAAGAAACGUAGCGCUUUAGAUAUGGCUGAACAACAUAUUAUCAAGGAGCCGACGAUACAUAAAAGUAGAGUGCGAUGCAGAUAUUGUCAAGAGUUUUACACGGAAGAAUGGAACGGAAAAGCCGCUUACUGUGAAUUCGCUCCAGAUUGUUUUAAAAAUGGUUUAGAACAAAUUAGUGGAAUGAUGUGCGCCAGAUGUAUGCUGUAUCACUGUAUGAGCGAUGCCGAAGGAGAUACCACGCAACAUCCAUGCGAAUGUGUUUGCGAAAAUGGUUGCACAAGACGUUGGAUCGGAUUGGCGCUCUUGUCCUUACUAGUUCCAUGCCUGUGCUUCUAUCCUCCAUUACGGGCAUGUCACUUAUUGGGAAUAUCAUGCGGCAUAUGCGGCGGACGACACCACAAAUAACAAAUGUUGUUGUUGUUCGAAAUUUUUAAAUUAAAUUUAUUUCUUCGUUCUCCUAAAAAUAAAAACGCGCGCGAAUUAGAUUUUACAAUUACGGCAUUUUAGAUCGGUUCCACUUAUGUUUUUAAAAGUGAAAUUGUUGUUGAAAUAAUUAUGGGUUCUUUUUUCGGUCCUGAUUUUGUAAAAUCAAUUUCCUCGAACGUGACAUCAAUCUUAUGAACUCUUAAAUAUAAAAUUUAAAAGAAAAAAAAUGAUCAAAAAAAUGGGAAAAUAUUUAAAAUACAAAGAACGAGAAACCAGUUACGGGGUUAGCAAAAGAAAAUAUGUGUGUGAAUAAAUCGGGGGGAUGAUAAAUUGUUUUUGUAUCUUAAUUUUCGUAGCGUAUAAUAGACAUUUUUUGAUGCUCAAUUUCAUUGAUUCAUUUCAUCGUAAUUGUUGUUGUAUUUUUGUUUUAUAAAAUGGAAAAAUAAAUUUGAGAAAAAAAAAAAACAAAUCUCCGAAAGAAAGGGAGACAACGUAUGCAUUGGAGAUAAAGCGUCCAUCACUCUUCGGGUGGAAAAUGUGAAACUCGUCCUCCAAUGAAAAACUAAUAAUAAAAAAGACAAAAAACCAUCGAAUUCGAAUGGUGCGAAUUCAGAAGCGUACGGAAGCAUAUUAAAUGCUGAAGACAUGAACGCUAAGUCGAAACACACAAAAAAGAGUAAAAAAUUGGGAAACCAAGGUUAUCGAUUCAAUGUAUGGUCAGUAUGUUAUGCACUAACCCUUCCAAGAGUGGCGGCUAUACUAAUAAAAUUGUGUUGACUAAAACGAUCAAUCGAUAACCGAUACUCUCGUCAAACUAAAAACCGAUAGACGAAAAACAAAUCAAAAGAAAUUUUUAACACUUUUUAUGAUUUCGUUAUCAAUCCACAGACGUAGAUGAGAGAGAAGAAAAUAGUGUCAGUUACACGACGAAGAAGAAGAAAAAUAAGAAAAGAAAGCAAAAGAGAAAAAAAAACAGAGUAGAAAAACUAAAACAGACUGAAGCAGAUUAUUAGAUUCUAAUUAUUUUUUAACUCUAUCUAUCCUUGAACCAAAAUAGAAAAGCGAAAGAAUUUUAUCAUUUAUCAAACACAUUUUUCGGAACGUAAAUAAUUGUUCAAAGGGCUCAUGAAUAAUUAGUUAUGUUUCUGUAUGAAAAAAAUUUAUUAUUUUUCGUUCCAAAAAUCUAUCCAUCUAGCCAAAAAACGCAAUCAUGCACAUUGACCGACCUAUAUAUAUAUAUAUAUAUAUAUAUAAAUAAAUCGAUGAAAAUGGAAUCGUAUCAAUCUCAACGAGAAGAAAUAAUGCGCGAGUUGUCCAUGUAUUUGAUUUUGGAACUUUGAAGGGACAACUAUUCUGAGAUAAAAUUUCCUUUAGAGUUUGAUUUCAUUACUCGGAAACUCGAAACCCACUUUUGAUUCGUAUAUAAUAUCAUUAUACACGGGUCUAUUGAAAAAAUUUGAUUUUAUUUUUCUCGUUGGAGAUUUUUAUUCGAUUGAUAAAAAUAAAAUUCCGCGAUUAAUGACAGUUGAUUGGAUUUUUUGGCUAAACAAAAAACGGAUGAACCUUCCAUUUAACGAGAGAAAAAUAUAUAAAACAGAAGAAAAAAUAUGUAAAACGAAGGCACAGCAUAAGAAAAUUUAAAUUUAAAUGGAAAAAAUGGUAAAAAAAUAAAGUAAAAAAAAUUAUAAAUAAAAAUAUAAAAAAUUGCUUAAUAUGUGUAAAGUGAAGUAAAUAUUUAUUCAAAUUUAAAUUAAAAAAGUAAAAAUGAAAAAAACAGAAACACAAAAUUGCGUAUAUAUAAUGUAAAUUAUAUAUUUAUAUUAAUGUUAAAUAAAUAAAUAAAAAAAGAGAAGAAAAACAUUUAAGAAUAAAGAUCCCAAUAUAAAAACCAACAAAAAUCCUGUGAAAAGUCACCAUUGAAAGAGGUUAGACUGUUUGACAUAAAGAAAAAGUGUAAACUGUAAAUGUAUAUAUUUUAUGAACGGUAAAAUCAAUAUGAAAAUUUAUUAUUAUUA